AGUGUAAAAGUACAAUGCCCAGUACCUAUUUUAUUAUAUUUUGCGUGCAGUGCAAUAAUAUAGGUACAAUCACUAUUGUGGUUUAAAAAAAAGGAGCGCUAGGCAGCUGAGGCAGCUCUAGGAGUCAGAGGGAGAGCUGUGAAGAAAAGGAAUAUUAUAUACAUAUAUAAGUGUAGGAUCGAGAGUCGGCAUCGCCAAGGUGAGGUUGAAGAGAAAAAAAAGGAGCAGUUGUUGAAGAGCCAACAACAAGGAACGGUCCGCUGCUAUAAUUUUCUGUCUGCCAUAUGCACCCGCGUUGGCUGCUGCGGUUGCUGUUGCACCUGCCCGAUUAUAGAAGAUCAAGUGUGUUGUGCCUAUAAUAUGUGGGUGAAGCCAGAGGAGGUUCUCCUGGCCAAUGCUCUCUGGAUAACCGAGGAUGCCAGUAUUUAUUUUGUUAGGCAGCGGAGAAAAGGUCAUGGCAAAAGCAAAGGAUUCACGUCCAUUAUUGUUGGGACGUUGGACAGUGUUUUCGACACAAAACCCCCGCCAUUUAGAAUUUUACAUCAAACACCUUCAUCCGAAGUUUAUUGGGUGGUGGCUUGUUCUUUGACCCAUUCGGAAAUAGUAAAGGACUGGGAAUGGCUGCACACAAAUUUAACAAGCACUUUGCAAUCCUUUGACACAGAGGAUGAAAUCACCGAUUUCGUGUGUUGCAAAAUAAAUUCCAUUAUCGCGAACAGCGCAUCAGACUCGUUAGUCGAUGAUGAAGAUUCUCGGUCAUUUAAAAGAGUUUCGUUAAAAUUUUACCAGCUUUUCAAUCUAUCCAAGGAUGAAAAACUUGUAAAUUAUUAUUCUUGCAGUUAUUGGAAAUCUAGACUACCUCGGCAAGGGUGGCUGUAUUUAUCUGUAAAUCAGAUGUGUUUCUAUGCUUACAUAUUAUCGAAAGAAACAAAAUUAGCUAUAAGGUGGGCAGACAUUGUGGAAUUGGAUAAAACAAAUUCCAUUUUAUUUCCCGACAGUAUUCGUAUCGUAACGCGCGACGGUAAAGAGCAUUAUUUUUCAAUGUUCCUUCACAAAUCUGAAACGUACUCACUGAUGGAGCAGUUGACAAAUCUCGCCAUGAAACGACUCAUUGACGAAAAAAGUGGUUUCAACGAAGAUAGAGAUCUUUUAAAUAAAUUAAGCAAAAAUGUACCUAAAAAGCCAUCGUUUCUAAAAAGAGAUCUCGAUGCUCGUGCACAUUCGGAGGUUUACCGGCUCCAAUUCAGGUUGCCGGUAAACGAAAAAUUAGACGGUUCUAUUGACGCAACUUUGUGGACACCGUACAACAAGAGACAAAACUGGGGAAAAAUUUAUCUGUCUCAAAAUUACAUGUGCUUCGAAAGCAGGGUAAAAAAUUUAGUCAGUCUCGUUAUACCGCUACGCGAAGUAAAACUUAUCGAACAAGCCGAAAGUAAAGCAUCACAUACUCUGGACAAGUCGAUAUUGGUGACAACGGCGCGAGCUACGUUUUUGUUUGCUCAAAUACACGACAGACAUUUCGUGGUGCAAAAAAUAUCCGAACUACUAUCCAAAACGAGAAUCGCUUACGUGGCUCCUGUAAACAGCGAAGGAAAGGAAGCUAAAGGAUCCGAUUCUUGGUCGCCUCAGCCUCCGCUCAUGAAAUUGUUCAAGGCGCCGCUUAGUUCCGAAGCAGCAUUAAAACAAGAAGCAAAAGAAAAACAGUGGGAGCUGCAUUUUUCUGAGUACGGUCGAGGAAUGACGAUAUACAGAACCAUAGAAACUGCCAAGCUCGUUAUUGCCGGCAUCCCUCAGUCGCUAAGGGGUGAAGUAUGGCUCACAUUUUCUGGUGCAUAUAACGAAAUGGCAAUGAAUCCAGGCUUGUAUCAAUCUUUGGUCAACCGAUCUAUUGGAAAGACGUGUCAGGCAAACGAGGAAAUCGAACGAGACUUGCACAGAUCUUUACCCGAGCAUCCGGCGUUUCAGUCUGACACCGGUAUAAGCGCUCUAAGACGCGUUCUCUCCGCGUACGCGUACAGAAAUCCACAAAUCGGUUACUGCCAAGCGAUGAACAUUGUCGCUUCGGUACUUUUGAUCUACUGCUCGGAGGAAGCUGCCUUUUGGCAACUGUGUAACGUUUGUGAAUCCCUGCUUCCGGAUUAUUACGAUCGCCGAGUCGUCGGUGCGUUAGUGGACCAAGGGCUUUUAGAAGAACUGGCUGCAGAGCACUUGUCCGCACUGUACACAAGAUUGAAGGAGCUCGGUCUCAUCAGAGUUAUUUCGCUAUCGUGGUUCUUGACAAUAUUCUUGAGCGUCAUGCCGACCGGCAGUGCUGUUAAUAUUAUGGAUUGCUUCUUCUACGAUGGAGCUAAGAUUAUUUUUCAGGUGGCUUUGACUGUGCUAGAAAAUAACCAAGAUAAACUACUGAAAUGCCACGACGACGGUGAAGCUAUGCAGCUCUUGACCGAUUACUUGGGAGGAGUGUACAACAACGAGGGCCCGGUAUUGCCGAGACCUGUUGACAGCGCGCCACCGAGCAAAAGCAUAUCCAUUCAAGAGCUGAUAGAUGAAUCGUACAGACGAUACGGGAAUUUGACGACAGGGGGAAUCGAACGGUUACGACUGAAACAUCGGCUUCGAGUGGUUCAGAGUUUAGAGGAGGGUAUCGAGAAAAACGUCAUCAGAAGCGUUAUCAAUGAAAAAUUAAUGACGGAAAAAGAACUGCAGGAACUGAUAAACCUGAUUCGAGAAGAAUUAAUGAGUCAGCGAAAAUCUGACUCCGACAGAUAUGAUCCGACCCAGCCUCCUUACGAAGUUUAUAAAAUAGAUUACGAUCUCUUUAGGAUCUUAUUCGGUGGACUGUCGCCGUGGGGCAAGUGCACCCAAGCUGAAUCCUUAGCCGCAAGAUUGUUCCGACUGAUGGAUCGAAAUCACGACGGUCUUCUGGACUUCAGGGAAGUCGUGCGUGCGAUCUCGAUGACCGCGACCGUCGAUUCGUCCCAAAGGUUGAAACUGCUGUACACCCUUCAUCUUCCCCCUCUUUUGGUAUCGGCGGAUUUUGAGUCUCCCACGCAGUCAGAUGGGACUGAGGUUGCAGCAGAGGCGACAUACUUUUUUGACAGUAUAGAACAGAGCAUAGCAUCCUUGGAGACGUCGGUUAGCUUUGCGGAAGAGCCUACCUACACAUUGUCGCGAUCGACGAGUUUGAAUAGCCAGCAAGGCGAUCAAUCUUGGGAGGAUCAGAGCAUGGGUAGCUUACGAUCUAUGAUAGUGUCUAGAGACAGUCCGUUAGAUUUAAAAGUAGUGCCAAAAAUGUCUCAGCAACACUUUAUAGCUCUGUGGAAGACUCUUUACGACAUGUUCCCCGCCCAACCAGAAGAUCAAGAAACAUAUCAUUGUAUAGCCGAAAUAGGGACCUUGUUACUUCAGCUGGGAGAUGUAGGUAAGAAAUUUUAUGUUGAAAGAGAAGAAUUUGAAGACGGCAUGUCACCUGAAGUCAAGAAAUCUGGACUAAAACAGCACACAGCUGUAACGACACCCGAUCGCAACGGCAAUCCAACAACUCCAUCAUCGACCGAUCCUGAAUGGUCCAUCACGGUUGAACAAUUUCUGGCGUCUGCUUUAAAUGGUCAGCCUAUCGUAGAUUUCUUUAGCAAGAGAGCCGAUCUUCUCCAGGCAAUUACUUCGCUCAGAAAUCGCAGGUUCAAUCGCGCACAUUCUCUUUCCGAUACGCCUGUAAUAAACGUGUGAUACACAAUAAUAACAUAAUCAUAAUGAAAAGCAUUAAUUACGUGAUGAAAUUAAUUAAAUUUUUUCGUGAAAUCCCACGUAAAUCGUAUGAAAAUAGGCAGUCGCAAAAUUUGAAUUUUUGUUAUAGAUGUUUUUUUAUGAGCGAUGUCAAUAUUGCCAAUAAAAUCGAAUAGAAUAAAAAGAUUUUGUUAAUCCUGUUGAACAGUAUACGUUUUUAAAUUAAAAAAAAAAAAAAAAAAUCCGAAUGCAUUGUAGAGAUUGACCGAAUAGUUUUCAAUUUCAUUGAUAGCUUUUGAUUAGCACCUACCUUCAGCCAAGAAGAAAGUGAGAAGAGAUUGUAUUUUUUUAUCAAUUGUUAGAAAAUCUUCCCUUUUAUCGUAGUCUAAGGCCUAGACUUUAAUUUUGUUGUUAGUUAUUUUUGCAUUUUUUACAUUCUGUGACCUGCUUCACGGAGAAACGUUUUUUCAUAUCAUCGAAAGACCAUUGAAACUGCUUCCAUUAUAUAGCUCACUCGUUUAAUUAUAUAUAAUAGUGAUGUAUAACGUUAAAUAAGAGAAAGAUACUAGAAAUAAGAAUUAUAGUAUGGACUACAAGCAUUUGAUGUGCUCUACUGACAGACCGAAAACAAAGUCACGAAUAUUCCUGUAGCUUUGAGUACUCUGUAAAAAAUUAAAUCCCUCUAUUGUUAAAAGUAAUAUUUAUACAAUAUUAUCAUAUAAAAGCAAAAAAAUCUCUCGAGUAACGAUUUUUACCUACCCUUGAAUUUCCAUUUUUAAAUCAUUUUAUAAAAAAUUUAUUGAAAAAAAAGACAGGAAAAAAAAAAUUUCUCCAACCAUUGCUUG